UCAAUCUACCUUCGGUCUCUACGAUCUUCCCACUUUUCUUCCUGGCUGCGCCAGCUUCCUUUCCUACCCCACCGGCACACUCCAUUUCCAAUGACGAUAUCCUACGGCCUUGCUUCGCCCCAGAUCCUGGGUGCGCUUGAGAUCGGCAUAAUGUUCAGUCUGGUCAUGUUCGGAGUCAUCGCGCUCCAGGCAUACACGUACUUCACCCAGAACUGCAGCACCGACAGAAGAUGGUUGAAACUAUUUGUCGGCAUGGUAAUGUUUUUCGAACUGUGUCACUCAGUAGCUUCGUGCCACGCGCUGUACUACUUCACCAUCGACCUGGCGGGUGUCCCUGAGGAGCGCAAAGCGGCCAACAGUUACAGCCUGUCCAUCACCCCCGUGUUCGAAACGAUCAUCACCGCUUUGAUUCAGUGCUUCUUUGCGUUCCGUAUCCGCAUUCUCUCAGGCAGUCUGCGGCUCAGCGUUCUCUGCUGGGCACUCGCGGCAGUCCGGCUCGGCGCGGGACUCACCAUGUCGGUGGUUUGUCUCCUCGAUGUCCCUCUCGAGCCAAACAACUACUACCUCGUCGAAACGUUCGGCGGGAUUAUCACUGCUGCGCUGGUCGUGGGCGUCGUCCUCGACGUGAUCAUCACAAUCGGGCUGUGUGUCUAUAUCAGGCGGCUCUCCACCUCGCCGACGAAGAUGCCGGAUGGAAGCCAGCAGCUCGUGAGAGGAUUGAUCUCUUGGGCCAUCGAAACAGGACUCAUUACCUCUCUUACGUCCGUGACCGUGGUGAUUACUUUCCAAACUAUGAAACACGACUGCACGUUCUAUUUUGGGAUCUGGCUAGCUCUUUACACCUUCUUAGCAAAACUAUAUUCCAACUCGCUUCUCGUCUCACUCAAUGCUCGCGCCCGUCAUCGGGAAUACGUACGAACGGGAUCAUCGGAUCCUGCUCUGUCGUGGAAUUGCGCCCAGAAACUCGAUGACGUCAAUGAGGCUACCCCAGCAGCGAUUCACCAAGAGUCAAAAGAUUGGGCUGUGUCGCUGCCCGCAGCUGCAUUCAGUCCGAGAGGACAUGAGAACCUUGAGUAUUUGACCCUCUUCCUGCCUUCUCCCCCCUUUCCUUGGUCCCCAAGAGAUUUCGAGGACCUACUGCUUUUCAGUCCCUGUCGUCUUCUGACAAGCAGAGCAAUUCCUGCUCCGAUGACGAUCUCCUACGGCCUCGCUACACCCGAAAUCCUGGGCGCGCUCGAGAUCGGGGUGAUGCUCAGUCUGGUCAUGUUCGGAGUGAUCUUACUUCAGGCGUACACCUACUUCACCCAGAACUGCAGCGCCGAUUCAAGAUGGCUUAAAAUAUUCGUUGGCAUAGUGAUGUUCCUUGAAUUGGGUCACUCGGUAGCGGCGUGCCAUGCCCUCUACUAUUUUACCAUCAGUCUGGCGGGUAUGCCCGAAGAGCUGAAAGCGACCAACAGCUACACUUUGUCGGUUACCCCCGUAUUCGAGACCAUCAUCACCGCUUCGAUCCAGGUAGCAGCCGUUCUUGCAUCAUUGCUGUCUACUACUGAUGCGCGACGGCAGGGCUUCUUCGCAUUCCGCAUCUGGGUCCUGUCAGGCAGUCUCCGUGUCAGCAUCGUCUGCUGGGUGAUCGCCGCAAUCCGGCUGGCCACGGGGCUCAUGAUGUCGACUUUUUCGCUUCUCGACGUCAGCCGCGAGCCGAACAGCACUUACAUCGCUGACACGUACGGGGAUUUCUUCACUGCCGCGUUGGUUAUGGGUGUGGCGCUUGACGUGGUCAUCACCAUCGGGAUGUGUGCCUGCAUCAGGCGGCUAUAUACCACGCCGGUGGAGCUGCCCAAUGGAAGCAAGCAGGUCGUCAGAGGGUUGAUCUGUUGGGUAAUCGAAACGGGCCUCAUCACCUCGUUGACAUCUUUGGCCGUGGUGAUUACUUUCCAAACCAUGAAACACAACUGGGUUUGGCUGGGUCUUUACACCGUCCUCGCCAAAUUGUAUUCCAACUCGCUCCUUGUCUCGCUGAACGCUCGGGCCCGUCAUCGAGAAUCCGUACGGACGGGAGGAUCGAAUCUUCCUCCGCCCCCAAAACUCUUCCGAAAAGACGACGGAGAUGGAAUGGCGUUCUCAACUGCGAGUCACCCAAGGUCGAAGAAUUGGGCCCCGUCGCCGCCCGAGGCUGUAUUCAGCUUCAAAGGGUAUCAGAAUGUGUGAACCAGGUCUCAGUCUGAUUUCAUGGUUCAUCUCUCCGCCGCACGAACAUGAGGUAUCUAUGCUUUUUUGCCGUGACCGGAAUCCGGUUAUCCGACUACUAGGUACUGGACGAAAUUUUGAAUCGAUAGAGCGUGGA